AAAGGAAGCCCCAUAUUCAGGUAUUUAUAGGCACCGCGAGUCCGCAUGUAUCUCUGCAAUGAUGAAUUACUCACUUGCCUAAACAAAGGCAGCUAGACCAGCAAUCCGAAGAAGAAGCAGCAGCAGCAGCUUAACUCGUUAACGAUCACAAUCCCCUUGUCGAUUUUUUUUUUUUUAAUUUUUUGCCCUUUUCUCUGGCUUCGCUAAUUUCGAAGUCAUAGCUUAGCCCCUGCUCUUUCUAUUCCCUUGCUUAUUUCACACGUUAUUCUUCAGUCUCAACAAGUCUACCAGCCUUCUACUUCCUUGUUUCUCUAUAAAUACACAAAUCCUCCUCUGCAGCAAGAAACGAAUUGAAGAAGACUCUUGGGUAUUGGGUGAUUGAGAUUGGUGUUAUUAAGCAUGGCAGAAGAGAGAAUGAUAAUUGUGAGAGAGUUUGAUCCGAGCAGAGAUGGAGUUGGUGUUGAAGAAGUUGAGAGAAGAUGUGAGGUUGGUCCCAGCGGGAAGCUCUCUCUCUUCACCGACCUCUUGGGUGACCCAAUUUGCAGGGUCCGCCACUCCCCUGCUUUUCUCAUGCUGGUGGCUGAGUUAGGUGAGGAGAUAGUGGGUAUGAUAAGAGGAUGCAUCAAAACCGUUACAUGUGGCAAAAAGCUCUCUAGACAUGUCAAAAACGCCACCCCCACCUCCGCCUCCGCCUCCGCCAUCAACAUCAACGACCCUCCAAAAACUCUCCCGGUUUAUACUAAACUCGCUUACAUCUUAGGCCUUCGCCUUUCUCCUUCCCAUCGGAGGAUGGGAAUAGGCUUGAAACUGGUGCUCGCCAUGGAGGAGUGGUUUCGUGAAAAUGGCGCUGAAUAUUCCUACUUGGCAACUGAAAACGAUAACCACGCUUCCGUUAAGCUGUUCACUGACAAAUGCGGUUACUCAAAGUUCCGUACUCCUGCAAUCCUUGUCAACCCUGUCUUUGCUCACAGAGUCGCCGUUUCAAACAGAGUCACCAUCUUCCAACUCUCCCCUCACGAUGCUGAAUUGCUCUAUCGCCGCCGUUUCUCCACCACUGAGUUCUUCCCUCGCGACAUUGACUCGGUGCUUAAUAACAAACUCAACUUGGGCACCUUUUUAGCUGUGCCGCGUGGCAAUUAUAAAUCAGAUUCUUGGCCCGGGUUUGAUAAGUUUUUGUCCGACCCGCCUGAGUCUUGGGCCGUGCUAAGCGUGUGGAAUUGUAAGGAUGUGUUUAAGCUUGAAGUUCGUGGGGCGUCGCGCGUGAAGCGCACAUUUGCCAAAACGACUAGAAUUGUUGACAAAGCUUUGCCGUUUCUGAGGUUACCAUCAGUACCGGAGGUGUUCAGGCCAUUCGGGUUGCAUUUUUUAUAUGGUCUUGGAGGUGAAGGCCCACGCGCGGUUAAAAUGGUAAAGGCGCUGUGUGCGCACGCGCAUAACCUAGCGAAGGAGCGUGGCUGCGGAGUGGUAGCCACAGAGGUGUCUAGUCGCGAACCGCUGAAGUUAGGAAUUCCACACUGGAAAAUGCUAUCAUGCGCCGAGGACUUAUGGUGCAUCAAGAGGCUUGGGGAAGACUACAGUGACGGGUACAUAGGUGACUGGACUAAAUCACCCCCUGGCAUGGCAAUUUUUGUUGACCCAAGAGAGUUCUAAAUUUCUAAUGUUGUAAUAGUCAUGUCAAAGAACAAAAUCUAAAAAAGCUAAGCUAGCAAGGUAACAACACAAAAGCAAAUGAAAAAAAUCCUCCUUUUUUAAUAAUUUCUUCUUUAUUUUUGGGUUUUUAGUAGAAUUUUAAUUAAUGUGCAGGAUUUUUUGGCUUUGGGGAUUGAAAAAGAGGGAAUGAGAAGAUAUGGGUUUUUGUUAUUGAAGAGAAUAUCCCCCCACUUUGGUUUACUUCUCAACUUUUUGUAAAUGGUUGUGGCUUUUUAGAUCCUCAAGCAGCCAAAUGCAGCCUUAGCUUGAUGAAAGGAAUGUGUUAUCUA